AUGACAAAAAGUGCACUUGUUCAAAAUACAACCAAUUCAUCACUGUGGUCAUUGACCAUAACAUGGCAACCAACAGCUACUCAAGUCGGUACACAAGUCUUUUGUGCUGUUGCAUCAGAUAGUGCAAGUGUUCAAUCAGAUCAGUACUGUGUAACAUUUUCUGUUGGACUUACAAGUGUUCCACUUUGUCCAGGAGCAACAGUGACCACCACUGAAGCAUUUAAAAUCGAAUUUUAA